AAUCUAAAUUUAGUACCCACCUGCAUUGUUAUAGAAAAACCUUAAACGACCGUAUUUAAUCGUAUUUAUAUAAGAUUAUUCCUUAAUUGAGCGUUGCAGAACAAAUGUGCAUAUUACGAACUUAUUUAAGGUUCCGGAGAAGAUCCGAUUAGUCUAUAAUGUUGCAUAUGAUCAAUUACAAUUAUUAAUUGAAGUUUGAAAACACGCGAGUGGGUGCCCAGCGCAGCCACGUGAUAACAUAAUAAAGUACAAAUUAAACUGUACCAGCGGCCAGCUGAUAGGCAGUAACAAAACUAGAGUCGCAGGCAGUAGCCGCCGCGCACACGCAAUCCGCCGCCGCACGCGCUAGCGAACACCCGCCGACCACGACCGAUACGUGCUACCUGUGAUAACACCAUAUAAUACGCAUAUUUAAAUAUUAAAAAUAAUUCUAUAUACUCAAAUAAAUAUAAAUAUAAAUAAAAUAAUUUACAGUUUAAACUAUGUUAAUAAACAAAUGAACAAAGUGGUAAACGGUUUUCAAAAUGACGUUACGGGUCGAAGUGCCCGGAGACAAGAUCGUGAGUGUGGAACCAUGCAAGUGCAACAAACAAUUCGGCGCCGAGGUCAAAAACGAGACGGGGUUGAGCAAAAGACUGAAAAAAUUCCUCAAAGAGUCCUGGGCUUUUAGAUCGAAAGUUACAGUGGAACCUUUUGUUGUUUGUUACGUGCUACCGAGUGUGCUCGCCGGGUUAGCCGUUCAGAAUUUGUGCUUAGAAAAAUCAUGUCUAGUAAAUCUACAUUACGACGAGCGGACCUGCACGCAUAUAAUGCAGGGGCGCACGCUCAAUUAUACGGAACAAGAGAAAAGUGUGCAAACUAUGGUCGCGUCAAUGACCGCUUGGAGUUUUCCACUUCAGACAGCCCUACCAGGUAUCCUAGCUCUGUUCGUAGGCGCAUGGAGCGAUCGAACGGGAAACCGAAAGGCGUUCAUGGUGCUGCCUAUCUUAGGGAAGUUGAUAUCUGCGAUUGGGAUAAUACUAAGCACGGUGUUCUUCCUACAAGUAGGGGUGAACGAGACGGCGCUGAUCGAAGGCCUGCCACCGGCGCUGGCGGGCGGCCGCGUCGCCAUGACCAUGGCUGUGUACAGUUACAUAACGGACAUCACGACUGACUCCGAAAGGACUUUCCGGCUAGGGAUCAUAACGGCUAUCCUAACUCUCAGCAGGCCCAUCGGGCUUGCACUUAGUGGAAUAAUGACGCGACGUUUCGGUUACUACGGUGUUUUCAUGGUAGCGUGCAUGUUCUAUUUGUUCGGAUUUGUAUACAUCGUCAUAAGACUCAAAGAAAAGACUAAAAAGACAAAAGAAGUCGAGAGCGAUAAGACGACGAGUAUACUAUCGGUGAUUUCUGUAAAGGAUCUAGUGGCGACUGUGAAUGUGGCGUUCAAAGUGCGACAGGGGUCGCGCAGGCUCCAAAUUAUACUUAUCAUGUUUGCAUACAUGUUCAUCGUUGGACCAGUCUUAGGUGAAGCGCAGAUGACGUACUGGUUCACUCGGUACAAGUUCAAGUUCACCGAGGUCGACUACAGCUUGUUUCUUACGUACUCCGUCCUUGUUGGAAGCGUUGGUUCCUUCAUAACAAUAUAUUUGUUCAGCAAAAGAUGGAAGAUAGAGGACAGCAUUAUCGGCAUCGUAGCGUGUCUGAGCAGGAUAGCGGCUGCAGUGGUGUAUGCGAUGGCGCCGUCCCGCACGGUGUACUUCUUGGGACCGGUCUUGGACAUGUUCAGCUCAGCUGGUGCCACAUCCCUGAGAUCUAUUGCUACCAAAUUGGUGAAUAAUGAUGAAGUUGGUAAAACAAGCUCUCUAAUCAGUAUAUCGGAGGCUCUGGUGCCCGUCAUCUAUUCGCCGGUGUACAGCAAGGUGUACCUCUCGACCCUGUCCACGAUGCCCGGCGCCUUCUACCUCAUCAGCGCUGCGCUUGCCGUUCCUGCCAUAGCCAUAUUAAUAUCCCUCUGCAGUCUUCGCAGAAAGGAUGAGCGCGACUUUCCCGCGCCCGAAGUUAAACCGAAGGAAAAUGAAAUCACUCGUUUUUGAUAAAUAUUUAUUAUUGUUAAGUGUUUAUUUUUAUUACAGUUAUGCGAAAAAUCUCAAUAAAAUUAAGGUUUGUAUAGAAUCGUGUGUAUUUAAUUAUUCACCCACCUCUAUCGA